CGCGAAAACGAGGUUCUGCCGGGGAGAGGCUCAAAGCACUCUGGGAAAUGUAGUCCAGUUCGCUUCGCAGAAGAUUCGCGGUGGGCUCCGGGGUUCCGGGAAGAGGCUGAGCCGGUUUGAAAAGAGGCUGUGACUAUGCCUUUUAACUCUGGAGCAGGAGCACAAGAAGUGUUUGUUUAAUGAAUGACCUUUCCAUUUAGGACCUGUUUAGACCCUGAGGAUAACUCUGUGAAUUGUGUUGAUCUCAGUAUGCUGCGGCGAAAACCAACCCGCCUGGAGCUGAAGCUUGAUGACAUUGAGGAGUUUGAGAGCAUUCGAAAGGACCUUGAGACCCGAAAGAAACAAAAGGAAGAAGUGGACGUCGUAGGAAUCAGUGAUGGAGAAGGCGCCAUUGGGCUCAGCAGUGACCCCAAGAGCAGGGAACAAAUGAUUAAUGAUCGAAUUGGUUAUAAACCCCAACCCAAACCCAACAAUCGUUCAUCUCAAUUUGGAAGUUUCGAAUUUUAGAGGCGGAUUAUCUUGCAUGCCAGAGCCCUGGAAUGGAGUAGAAUGAUGGCAGAAGUACAAACAAGAUUUAGAGAACUGAGUGCUUGCAGUCAAGUAGAAUAUUUUACCUCCUGCAGAGAAAUACUUCUGCAUGAGAUUACUGAUGCUUAACUUUUGCUCGAAGUGGAAAUUGAAACUCUAGUUUGUCUCCGGAAAAUCUGACUCUAUAAAACUUGUCUCAUUUUUGUUUUUUAAAAUAAAUAUAUUUUUGGAAAAGUGUGCGACGCCCUUAAUGAAGCAUAAUCCUAGCACUGUUAACCCUCAGACUUUAAAAGGUAAUUGCUAUGAGAGGUAACAUCACUCUUCCCACCUUUAUUGAGACACUUGAAACACGGAACACUUGCAUUUGAUCCCUGUCACUGACUUUCUUCCAGCUCAUCUGUUCAGCAAGUAUUUAUUGAGUGCCUGUUAUAUGCCAGAUACUAUUCUAGGCACUUAGUAACAUCAGUGAA